ACUAGGACCCAUCGAAAGAAAGACCCAUAAAGAACCGGAAUUACCGAACCGACGAAUCAAGAUGUCAGAACCCCAUCGAUCCUUGUCGGCGUACAGAUCGGCUGAACAAGAAUCGGAAUUCGAGCCGCAGGCUCAGCAAGAGAUACAAGAUGUGGCCGACACUCCGCAGAUGAAACACGCGGGAGUAUACCCAGAAGACAGGCGGCAAGAGAUCCGUCAAGGGAAAAAGCCUAUUAAAGCAGGCACUGAGAGAAAGAUCCUAAAGUUAGAUCCGAAGAACCACUACUACCUUCGUUUUGAAGAAUCCGUAGUCCUCGAUGCUGAAGGUACGCCAACGAAGGCAGCUUCCGUAGGACUUCGAAUCUUCCUUCGAAAUCCUCAUGGAGGAGACACCGUUACUAGGCCGGAGCGCCUUGCGACCUUUUACACCGGUGAUGCUUUCUUGCGUCACGUCCAAGAUGACCCAAAGGGAUGGUUUACCCUCGUCCUUCGCGCGGCGAAGAACUACCAAGACGAACAAGAAACUAUCAUCGAACUAUCAGCACGAGUACGAGAACUACGUGCGACGCUGGCCAAGGAAACGAUGAAACCUGCCAAUGCUUCCCUCGUUAAGAGAGAGGAGAAGUAUAUAGCGAUAGAUAACAAACUAAGCCGCAUGCGAGCUCAGAGAAAUAAGUAUAAGUCUCAGCAGAAAGACCUCCAAGCCGAGAUCGCAGAACUCAAAAACAGGGUUAAAGACCUUGAGACCGAAAAGAGCCAGGUGGACCCUGUAGAGCGACGAUAUACUGGUUUCUACGAAUCUGAAGAGGAAGAUCCCGUAGAGCUGCCUCCGCUGAGGCCCCGAGCUCCAGCACCCUCCCCGGCAGUCGUCGAGUCUCGUCACACGACUCCUGGCACCAAUGCCUCAAUGUCCACUUCUACCAAGAAGCGUGCUACAAAGCCUUUCCAAUUCAAAGGCAGCGAUGAAGACAAGAAGCUAUUUGACAACUGGAAGUUCAUGGUCAACCAUUGGUUCCGCCUCGACAGUCACCUAUAUACUACCGAAGAAGCUGUAGGCUACGUUGCUUCCUGCACAGGUGAAGACGCAUUUAGUGCGAUCGAUCUUGAAGAAGUCUUU